GAUGGCGUCUUGAGCGGGCGCGCGCGCCGCCGCAGCCAUGGACGUCCGCCGGCACCCGCGCUGCCUGCUGGGUGCGCCGCACCCCUACCAGCCUCCGCCGUGGCCCUACUGGUACCCGGCGCCGCCGCCACCACCCGCACCCGUCUUCAGAGAUAACAAGGAUAAGAAGGAUGACGACCCGUGGGCGAGUCUGGACGCGCAGGCUGCGUUCCUCGGCCCGAACCUGUGGGGUGCCCCGCAGGACCAGGACCUUAAGCUGGAGUAUGCCGACCUGGAGGAGUUCCUGAACGAGAACGAGGCAUCGCUGCGGCCGCGGCCCAGCCCGCCGCUGCCGCUGCCAGGGGGUGGGCCGCAGGGCGCGGCGCUCUCCCCGCUGCAGCAGCAGGCGUGUCCGCCGCCGCCGCCGCCGCCGCGUGAGCUGCACGAACGCAGCUCGUCGGCCGAGGCUCCGGCGGAGCCCUAUCACGGCGGUGGCGGUCAGGAGCGGUCCGCCGCUGAGUCGGCGGUCAAGGUCAAGGUCGAGUUCCAGGUGUCGCCCACCGACCUGGCGCUGGCCACCAUGCCCGGCGUCGAGUUUGACCCACAGACGCACCAGUUCUCCGACGAGGAGCUCAAGCCGCAACCCAUGUGCAAAAAGUCCAAGAAACAGGUCGUGCCCGAGGAGCGUAAGGACCAGAAGUACUGGACACGCCGCCAGCGGAACAACACGGCGGCCAAGCGGUCGCGCGACGCCCGGCGGCUCAAGGAAAACCAGAUCGUGCUGCGUGCCAACUUCCUCGAGAAGGAGAACGCCGCUCUGCGCGAGGCCAUGGAGGAGCUGACCAAAAAGAACAAGGAGCUGCAGUCGCGCCUGGAUUCGUGCCAGUGCCGCUAGGCGGCGCUGGCGGCACCGCGUCUUGCGCGCUCGCCAGGGGCUGCGACGCGCGCCGUCUCCGGCGUCAUUCACAUGACCGCCUGCUCCCGCCCGCUUCAUGGCGGCUGCGGCUGCCUGUGUCGCGACUUCCCCGCGUCCUAAGCCGAGCGACCCUUCCUGAUUCCAGACGGCCUGGACUGUCCGCUGCUCCAUAAUCUCGCCUCUCCUGUGCCGGUCGCCACGGGUCGCAAAGCCUAUCUUCUGUUGCUGCGUCUGAUAUAUGUUGCAGUCAGCUUCGCACCAAACCGAUUGCAGUCCUGCUCGAGAUCCCGCCCCCUUCCCUCCACCCAUCCCUCUCUCUCUCUCUCUCUCUCUCUCUCUCUCUCCACCCACUCCGGAUCGUCUCCGGCUUCCAUGUCCUGCAGGCCUGCCUGUCAGUCCACGUACCCCUCCCCAUUCCAGAGCCGGCGCUGCCUGCCUGAUCCGCCGACGUCUGGAGCGUCGGCUGCCCGGCCCGCGGCGCCCGAGACAUGUCUUGUCCGCGGACGGUGCCGGACGCUGGUGUUCGCGCCGCGUCUGAUCCGCGUCUGUCUGUCUGGGGGCGCGGGCAUGCGUCACCCACCUCGGCCGCCGCCGGCCGGUCCGUACAGGCUCACGCGGACAGCGCGUGUCUUGGCGACCGGGUGACUCCUUGCGCCCGUCGACACGCUCCAACGAGAGGAAGGCGUCGCGGCGGCGGUGGGGUUGAUGUCUGUCCGCGGCGGUGCGCAGUCGGCCGCUCGCGGGCCGCAGGAGGGCGGCGGCGGCCACUGCCGCUUCCGAAUGCCAACCUUGAACUUCAGCUCAUCGGAGACGUGGCGCUGCCUGCUUGCUUACUGCAUGGUACUGUCGGUGUGUUGCUGCCUGGCAAAGCUUCGCCGUCGUAAUCAUGUGUAGUGCUUUCCAAACGUACCUGUCACGUGUAGAUUGGAUAUGAAACUGGAAAAUGAAGACGUGGAUAUGAAAGUGAUGAAUGGCUGUCGCAUGCGCCCCGGAAAGUAAUUAGCUCAUCGCGGCGAUAUAUGUGCUCGGUGUUGUUUUAGGUGGGCAAUGCAUUGGAUUUGUUCCCCCUGGGAUGUUCGGUGGUGAUCUAUUUUUGAGGCCGGGAUCAGCUAGGGAUAUAAGUGCUGUGGGAUGGCGGAAGACAGGUCCAACUUCAAGUUAACAGCGGUAAAUUAUAGGUCAAGAAUUAAUGAUUAUGGUGUGCCCCAGAAAGAAUACCCCCUCUUUCCUAAUGUGAAAACGAUGUUUUAUGUGAUACCUGAGCGAUAUGAUAUAUGACAGGUUGUUGGCGGUAGCGUGGUUAGGAUUUGCGCAAGGGGGAGAGUCACCCAAUAUUGCAGUUCUCGGUAAAGCACAAAAAUGACGGCUCCCAGCUAUUGUUUUCAACAUUUAAGUACUUAUCUACUGACGUAAUAAUGUUUGGUAUCAAAAGCUUCUAAGUAUGUCAAUGAAGGAUUACGUUCCUUGAGCUGGGAUUGUGUGAAGUAUCUCUCCGCAUUUCAAUGUUUGGGCUGCAGUAAGGCUGUCUUGUUGCAGUUGAAUGAUAUUGCUGAUCUGACGUGGGCACGGGAAGGCUGGUUCUGCGGACCUAAGCAAGAAUUCGUUAUUCUGAUAACGAAAUGAAAACUUGGUCCCUCGGGACAGCUUUUCCGUGCUUGCCUCGAAUGAGCAAUAUCGUUUAAUUUCGAAAUGGCUGCUCAAACGCUGUUCUCACGACUACAGUACGCCGAGAAAAGAUUACGCGCAGUGGCUAAGCCAAGGGUGCAUUCUAUGGAAAUCCAGGUGCACGGGUUCCAAGUAUCUUACAUAACCCCGAUAUUUUUAAUGACGGCAAGAAAAAUUGAAAUGAAGUCCCCAAUGUUCCAUAUUGGGAUGAUGUCACAAAAGAACUAUCACAACAUAGGGGGGAGAUUAAGGAGCUAACGUUUUAUUUUCCCGCAAAUUUUCUCAAUGGAUAACCUCUGACUCGUCCCCUCACUCCUCAGUCUAUGUAGGUGGUGUUAAGAUUGUCUCGAGGAGAGCUAGACGGUAUUCAAAAGUCACAGCACUCUAUUCCUCAGUGUCGAGGUGUAACUCCAGCUCUGUUAUGUGUGCUGAACACGCCCGAGGCCUGCGGCUGGUGAACAUCUGUACUGCCACCUAGAAUUCAUUGUCAUGUGGCAUUACCUGCUGACGCCUCUGGUCGUGUGUUGCUCUCACCCCACCCUACCCACACCCACACCCACGGGUCGGACAGGGGUGGGCGGUUGAUCGAGACUAGCGGUGCCGUCUUGGUGCAUCCCAUCAAAUCAAAAUGCUAUUUUGCUACCGGUUUCGUAAAGGACUGAAUCGUGCGCCGGAAAAUUCGCCGGCGCGAGGGCUUGCUCAACACGUAGGUAGCGUUGGUACGUUUAUACGGACUGGGCAGACGGCUGAACGGCGGGCGAGAUAGCGGCUAUUCGGUAGUGUAGCGGCGCCGCGGUCGGCGCGACCCGGCGGUGGUGACGGUCGGCGGGCUCAUCGCACGGUCACGGGUGCCAGGCUGUGGGGCGCGCGUAGACGUAGCUGGGAACGGAGGCCCGCCGUCGGCAGCAGCACCGUGGCAGCUGCCCGGCGGGGUGUGGGAUGCACGGGUCGCGCUGGGGCGCGGCUGCGCAGCCCGCCCUUCGCGCGAAGGGCGGGCUGCGCAGCACCGAAGCUUCGGACGAAAUUGGCCGCGUGCUGCAAGAGUGGGUGGCGUUCAAGGACGGCGUGGUUCCGAACCAAAUUGCCGUGUGGGUUGUUGGUGUGCGGCGGCCGACACGGGAGUUGAUGUGGGUUGUUGGUGUGCGGCGGCCGACGCGGGGAGUUGAUGUGCGUCACCUGUGACGGGACGAGCACCCGGAGAUCGAUGUCAUAUCUAACACUACAUCAAUGGAGUGAAAUAAACGACUGUGGCAGCUGCUGAGUUUCAUCGGA